AUGCCCACCACACCUCGUCUCUUCUUCGCAUCCACCAUCCAAUCUGCACUCAUACCAACCACAACAAUAUUACCAGCUGCUGCUGCAGCCUCAAUAGCAAUACCAACCCGAGCGCUCCCUUUCGUCCUAAAACAAAUGUCAACAACCACCCCCCGCGCCCCCGCCGGCAGCGGCAACGGUGCAAGCCGACCUCCAAACCCCGCCUCCGAAAUCCGCACAAUCUCCAAAGCACUAAGCUACACCCUCCGCCACGGCGCGGUUAAAGAAGGCCUGGCACUGCAAGACGACGGGUACGCCAACGUCGGCGAAUUGCUCCAACUCCCAAAAUUCCGCAAAAUGAGCCUAACAUUCGAAAAGCUCCGCCAAGUCGUUUCCGAGAACGACAAGCAGCGCUUCUCCCUCACCCCCACCGCCGCUACCGCUACGGCUACCGAGCCGGCUGCGACAGCGGAAGACCCACAUACCUACCUUAUCCGCGCAACCCAAGGCCACUCCCUCCCCCUCACCAACACUAGCACCCUCCUUACCCCACUCCCACCCAACAUCACUUGCGCCGUUCACGGCACAUUCUACCCCGCGUACGAGGCGAUACUAGCCUGCGGGUACCUAUCCCGCAUGGGGCGCACCCACAUCCACCUCGCCACGGGCGAGAUUGGCGUGAAGAGUGGGAUGAGGGCGGACGCGCAGGUGCUCUUCUAUGUGGACGUGGGGAGGGCAAGGAGGGAGGGUGGUGUCGAGUUUUGGAUUAGUGAAAAUGGGGUCGUGCUUACUGCCGGUGAUGAGUUGGGGAGGCUUGGGUUGGAGUUUGUUGAGAGGGUGGUGAGUAAGAGCUUGGGUGUGCUGUGGGAGGGGGGCAGCGUUGUGAAGGAACUGCCACAGGAGGUCAGGGGGGGGAGGAUGCCGGUUGGGAAGGGGCAUGUCAAGAUGGGGAGGGGUGGUGGUGGGAAAGGUGGAAGAGGUAGAAGGGGAGGGAGAGGCGGGGGUGGAAAUGAGGAUGUGGGAGAGGGGACAAGUAGAAUCGGUGUUGUAGAUCCUUGAAUAGACCCCUACUUCUCACUCAACAAA